GUUCUCGGCGCGGAGCGGAGCGGAGCGAAGCGAGCUGGUGCUGGGGGCGCGGGGCGCGCUGUGCCGGCCGGGGCCGGGAGCGGGGCCGAGCGGGAGCGGAGUCGGGCGUCGGGCCCGGGGAGCCGGGGCCGGGCGGGGAGCAGCCAUGGCGCCGCGGAGGGUCGGGGCCCGCGCCACUGCGGGCGGCCUGGGCGCCGAGUAGCCGGGCCGGGCCGGAGCGCGGGCGGCGGCGGAGGCAGCUGCGCCCGCGCCUCCUGCCCUCCCAGGCCCGGCGCCCCGCGCCCGGGCCCCGGCGAUGGUGACACAUGCGGCGGCGGCGCGCCGGCGGCAGGACCAUGGUUGAGCGCGCCAGCAAGUUCGUGCUGGUGGUGGCGGGCUCGGUGUGCUUCAUGCUCAUCUUGUACCAGUACGCGGGCCCGGGACUGAGCCUGGGCGCGCCCGGCGGCCGCGCGCCGCCCGACGACCUGGACCUGUUCCCCACGCCCGACCCCCACUACGAGAAGAAGUACUACUUCCCGGUCCGAGAGCUGGAGCGCUCGCUGCGUUUCGACAUGAAGGGCGACGACGUGAUCGUCUUCCUGCACAUCCAGAAGACGGGCGGCACCACCUUCGGCCGCCACCUCGUGCAGAACGUACGCCUCGAGGUGCCGUGCGACUGCCGGCCCGGCCAGAAGAAGUGCACCUGCUACCGGCCCAACCGCCGCGAGACUUGGCUCUUCUCCCGCUUCUCCACCGGCUGGAGCUGCGGGCUGCACGCCGACUGGACCGAGCUCACCAACUGCGUGCCCGGCGUGCUGGACCGCCGCGACUCCGCCGCGCUGCGCACGCCCAGGAAGUUCUACUACAUCACCCUGCUACGAGACCCCGUGUCCCGCUACCUGAGCGAGUGGCGGCAUGUGCAGAGGGGUGCCACGUGGAAGACGUCGUUGCACAUGUGUGACGGGCGCACUCCCACACCUGAGGAGCUGCCGCCCUGCUAUGAGGGCACGGACUGGUCGGGCUGCACACUGCAGGAGUUCAUGGACUGCCCGUACAACCUGGCCAACAACCGCCAGGUGCGCAUGCUGGCCGACCUGAGCCUGGUGGGCUGCUACAACCUGUCCUUCAUCCCCGAGGGCAAGCGGGCCCAGCUGCUGCUUGAGAGCGCCAAGAAGAACCUGCGGGGCAUGGCCUUCUUCGGCCUGACCGAGUUCCAGCGCAAGACGCAGUACCUGUUCGAGCGGACGUUCAACCUCAAGUUCAUCCGGCCCUUCAUGCAGUACAACAGCACGCGGGCGGGCGGCGUGGAGGUGGAUGAGGACACCAUCCGGCGCAUCGAGGAGCUCAACGACCUGGACAUGCAGCUGUAUGACUACGCCAAGGACCUCUUCCAGCAGCGCUACCAGUACAAGCGGCAGCUGGAGCGCAGGGAACAGCGCCUGAGGAGCCGUGAGGAGCGCCUGCUGCACCGGGCCAAGGAGGCGCUGCCGCGGGAGGACGCCGACGAGCCGGGCCGCGUGCCCACCGAGGACUACAUGAGCCACAUCAUUGAGAAGUGGUAGUGGCGGGGAGGCCUCUUGGGGGGUGUGGGGGAUAGAAUAGGACCGAUGACAGGUCCACCCAAGACUGUCACGGGAAGAGCAUCCCAAACCAGCUCCACAGUGGUAGCUGCGUCCUGAAAAAAAAACAGAGCAGGGACGUAGUGGGGCUGGGCGGGGAUGGGGGCUUGAGGAAUCAACAGGUGCAGCCCAGUGGGUCAGAGGAAAGCGUGCUCGAAGGAUGCCAUGGUCAGGGCAGGGCCUCCAGAGCAGGUGUUGUGCCUGCUGUCCUGGCCCCCUUGGAUUUAUCACGAAAACUGAAGGUUUGCACAAGAGACGAGGACAGCGGAAAGUGGACCUGCCAGGCCGGGAGUGUGUCCCUCACCAACUAUGCACACAGCACUCGCUCUUAGCUCCUCUGUCCGGGCUACUAGGAGUGAGACCAGCUUCUGGCAACUGCCCCAGCUCCAGGCCAUCCCAUAGCCCCUCCCCUCCUGGCUGCCCCCAAUGUCCCAAGGCCUGGGGAGCCCCCAGCUCACCCAUCUGUAGCUCCCUCAAGGUCAGGGCCCACCCCAUCUGAGGCAGAGAAGACAAGUCCAGCCCCCAAGAAGCCUACUCGCCUCUCUGGUCCGUGGUCCUGCUUCAUGCUUUGGGUCAGGAGGCCAAAGCUGAUGUUCAGGCCCCACCCACUCCCUACAGUCCUCAGACCAAGGAGGGGUUUGGGUAGUGGGCCCGAGCUGCAUUGCCGGCCUUCCGUGGGCCGACUGGCAGCCCAGGAGUGGGAGGCUUUGGCCAGGGAUGCUGCCACUUGUGCGUGAGUCCCCGGCUGGCCUCUGGAGGUGACCAUCCAGGCAGGCCUGGCUCAGACUGGAAGGGCUGGGGACCGAGGGCUCCCCUGCCUCUGUUCUCCCUUCUGACCCACUGGGAUUUGCUAGCAGGCUGUCCCAGCCCCAUCACCGAGACACGUACUCAAGAGCUCAGAUACCACUGCUCCCACCAGUGUGCGGAUUAAGUUCAUCAGGCUUCCAUCGGCUGGAGCAUGGGAUCAUAGCCCCUGCCCAGGAGCCAUACCCUCGGACCACAGUGACUCUGGAUGGCCAGGAAUGGGGACUUGAGCUUUCAGAUUCUCAACUAGCCUUGGCAAAACAGCUGUAGGUGGCCUCCCUGACAGCAGACACUCAGCCCUCCCCACCCUGGCUCUCCUUGGAUUUCCCCAUGCUCCCCACCCCCUGGCAAAAGGCUGGCCAUGCUCUGUUCCCAGCAGCCCCGCAGGUUUCCCCACUGGCUGCAAUGGCCCUACUAAAAGCCAUGUUGCAUAUCCGUUGUGAGCACGUGCCCUGUGCCCUGUCCCCAUUCCUUAUGCCCUAGGAGGCCAAGCUGGUGUCUCUAGGAGAGCCCACGCAGGCACCCUGGAUUCCCCAGAGAGCAGAUUGGUGUGCUCA